CCUCACCGGAUUCGACCUCAGCGAAUUCAAGAAGGCCGCCCACCCCCAGUCAUCCUGGGCCAAGAAGGACCCCUGGGGUCGCGGGUACGAUCUCCCCCGCUUCACGACCCUCCCAUGACACAAUUUUCCCUACUGACCCCUUCCAGCGAGACCUGGAGAUACACCGGCCCCUUCAGCCGCGCCAACCGUUUCAAGCGCAUCUUCCCCGGCUUCGGCAUUGCCACCGUUGCCUUCGCCGGCUACUGCGCCUACGAGCACUUCUUCCUGAAGGACGACCACCACCACGGCGACGCCCACCACUAAAGAACGACGAUCGGCGACGCGGACGCGGCGGGAACCGACAUGCGGUAGAAAAGUCGAAGGAUACCCCGGAUUGCUGAGACUGGAGGCAUCCGUAUGUGAUUGAAGGAAUCGGGGAUCUGUGGGUGUAAUGAAGCCGGAAACGGCUGAAGCAAGGAGAGGAGAUAGAGUGUGGUCUCAUUGUCCUGGAUGGCCCCCUCCAGCUCUCUAGACGGCGCUUGGGUUGUUUCAUUUGUCGGGUGUACAUAGGUAGUAUCUGUUCUUUUAUCACAUAACAUUACUAAGUGCAUUGUUCGUUG